AUGGCAACUGGCACCACCGCCCGCGAGCACCUGCUGGUGGUGCGCAGGCGUAGCCCGCACAUGCAUUACACACUCAGCCCCGAGAACCUGCGCAGCCUAUCAGUGCAGAGCAGGGGCGGGGCCGGGGCUGUGAGCGGGACUAGGGUGGUGCCUCCAGAACCAAUGGGGCUCCAGCGGGCCAAUAGCGACACGGACCUGGUGACGUCAGAGAACCGCUCCUCGCUCACGGCCUCCACCUACCAGUUCACGCUCGGUCGCGGGCAGAACCUCGUAAUUUCCUGGGACAUCAAGGAACAAGUGGACGCCACUGACUGGAUCGGGCUGUACCACAUUGAUGAAACGUGUCCUGCUAACGUGUGGGACUCAAAGAACCGUGGGGUGAAUGGAACACAUCGGGGCCAAAUCGUCUGGAAGCUGGAGCCUGGACCCUAUUUUAUGGAACCGGAGACAAAGAUCUGCUUUAAAUAUUACCAUGGAGUAAGCGGAGCCUUAAGAGCGACCACGCCUUGCAUUACUGUCAAGAACCCCGGAAUAACGGUGGGCACUGUGGAUGGACAGUUCAUAACGGAGCACUGUCGAAAACUCGUCAGUUUCACCAUAUCUGACAUACGGGCACAAGGCCUGAAGAAGGGGAUGUUUUUCAACCCUGACCCUUAUCUGAAGAUGUCCAUUCAGCCAGGAAACAGGGCGGGUUUUCCUGCCUUCACCCACCAUGGCCAGGAGAGACGAUCCUCCAUCAUCGCCAACACCACCAACCCUGUGUGGCAUGGAGAGAAGUAUACCUUUGUGGCGUUGAUGACUGACGUUUUGGAAAUCGAGGUCAAGGACAAAUUUGCCAAAAGCCGGCCAAUCAUAAAACGCUUCCUUGGUCAGCUGACCUUGUCGGUACAGAGACUCUUGGAGAGGCAUGCAUCAGGAGGUCAGCUUGUCACCUACACACUGAGUCGUCGUUUACCCACAGAGCAUGUUAGCGGCCAGCUUCAGUUCAAAGUAGAAAUAACCUCCACUGGACAUGAAGAUGCUAUGGGCUCUCUUUUGGGGGCGUCCUCUGUAAACGGAGACCCUGGUAGCCCCUCAGAUGAUGAAGAUGUCCUGCAUCCCUCGUCCCGUGUUGCCCGGGGCCCCUCCCCCACAGGAUCUGAGGGCUCCCUCCAUGGAGAGGCUUUCAGGGCCGUGGAGGAUGGAGACGUCGACCUCCCUGAGAACGGGCUCCCCGAACUGCCUGAGGGAGCCACGGGCCACACACAGAGGCAGGUCUCCCUCAAUGACUACCUGGAUGCCAUCGAGGCCCCCAAGGGUCCUGGGGAGCGGCCCCUGGGUGCCGCUUCACCCAAACUGCGCUGCAGCUUCCCCACAGACACGCGGCUCAACGCCAUGCUGCAUAUCGACUCCGAUGAGGACGAGGAAGGUCGCGCCUCUCAUGAGGCGCCGGCGACCAAUCAAACGACAGUGGGGGCGGGAGCAGAGGUGAACGCCUCCUCAGAGCAGGAGCAGGAGCAGGGGGAGGGAGCGAGGGUGGAGUCUGAUGGGGAAACGAUUGUUAACGGCGAUGAUGCUGCGUCGACGGCCGAAGGAGCGGAUAGUGGCACCACGAGGAGUCAGGAAGGAGGAGCAGAAGGAGGGCAAGAGGAGGGCCCGACCUCAGGAGCCACACAGCCACCCGCGGCUGCAUCCCCGCUCUCUACCCAGACGAGUGAGGGAGAUGCUGCUCCCAAAGAGGCUGGGGAGGAGUCGGCGACACCUGCGCAGGCCACUGCUGAGGCCACGCCCACAUCCAGCAACGCGUCAGACAAGACAGGUGGGGCAGCUGCUGCCAGCCAAUCAGGGUCUGGGAGCUGUAGUGAGGCAGCCAAUCAAGAGGAGAAGGAUUGGGAGGUGUGGCAAAGGCGGAGACAAGUGUCAGCGAAUGCCUUACAGGUGGAACGGGUGCGGCCGUCAGAGGGAAGAGGAGUGGCUGACUCAGGCCAGGUUGCCACGGAAACAGACGGGGAAUUAGGUGCCAGUGCCCCAGUAAACAGCCAUCAGCCAAUGCGCUCUCUUCCAUCUGUGCGCCAUGACGUUAGCCGUUACCAGAGAGUGGACGAACCUCUUCCUCCCAACUGGGAGGCUCGUAUAGACAGCCACGGGCGUAUUUUCUACGUGGAUCAUGUGAACAGAACCACAACGUGGCAGAGACCCACAGCACCGGCUGCACCUCAAAUCCUACAGAGAUCUAACUCUAUACAGCAAAUGGAACAGCUGAACCGCCGGUAUCAGAGCAUCCAAAGGACAAUAACCAGCGAGAGGACGGAUGAGCAGACGGCAGAAGUGACCUCUGACGAAAACGACGUCAUGCACCACUCCAUUCCUGAGUACCGUCGGGAUGGUGUGGUGGGACCGUCCAGUUCUCGUUCUUGGCUCUCUCAGCUGCUCCAGUCACCCAGUGCCAAGUUCCUCACAAGCCCAGACUUCUUUGCUGAGGUGGAUGCAAACCCUAGUGCCUACCACAUGUUUACCAGUAACCCGUGUCUGAAGCACAUGAUCAGUAAGGUGCGGCGGGACGCCCAUAAUUUCGAGCGUUACCAGCAUAAUCGGGACUUGGUCACUUUUCUCAACCUGUUCGCCAACAAACAGCUGGAACUGCCGCGCGGCUGGGAAAUGAAACACGACCACACGGGCAAGCCUUUCUUUGUGGACCAUAACUGCCGUUCCACGACGUUCAUCGACCCGCGGCUGCCCCUGCAGAGUGCCCGUCCCAGCAGCCUCCUGGCACAUCGGCAGCACCUGAGCCGCCAACGCAGCCACAGUGCCGGGGAGGUGAGCACCCGACGCAUGGUGGGAGAUGACCCCCGACACGCUGGCUCCUCAGUCUUACCGCGUCAUUUCAACUCCAUCAAACCUGCAAGCCGAAACCAGUGCCAUGACCUGGUCCCAGUGGCUUAUAAUGACAAGAUUGUGGCUUUCCUGCGGCAGCCAAACAUUUUCGAGAUCCUUCAGGAGAGACAACCAGACCUGAUCAGGAAUCAUUCGCUCAGGGAGAAGGUGCAGUUUAUCCGUAAUGAAGGGGCAUCUGGCCUGGCUCGUCUGUCCAGUGAUGCUGAUCUUGUCAUGCUGCUGAGCCUGUUUGAAGAGGAAGUGAUGUCGUAUGUCCCGCCUCAUGCCUUACUACACCCCAGUUACUGUCAGUCUCCCCGGGGCUCACCAGCCUCCUCCCCACAGAACUCUCCUGGCACACAGAGAGCAAAUGCACGCGCACCUGCACCGUACAAACGGGACUUUGAGGCCAAACUCCGAAACUUCUACCGCAAACUGGAGACUAAGGGUUAUGGACAGGGGCCAGGGAAGGUCAAGUUGGUCAUUCGUAGAGACCACUUACUGGAGGAUGCCUUCAACCAGAUCAUGGGUUACUCCCGUAAAGACCUGCAGAGAAGUAAACUCUAUGUCAGCUUUGUUGGAGAGGAAGGGCUAGACUACAGUGGCCCAUCGAGAGAGUUCUUCUUCUUGGUGUCACGGGAACUCUUUAAUCCUUAUUACGGACUGUUUGAAUACUCCGCCAACGACACGUACACGGUCCAGAUCAGCCCCAUGUCUGCCUUCGUAGACAACCAUCAUGAGUGGUUCCGUUUUAGCGGGCGUAUUCUUGGUCUAGCUUUGAUCCACCAGUACCUACUCGAUGCCUUCUUCACCCGUCCCUUCUACAAAGGCCUCCUGCGUAUUCCAUGUGAUCUGAGUGAUUUGGAGUUUCUGGAUGAGGAGUUCCAUCAGAGUCUGCAGUGGAUGAAGGACAAUGACAUUGAAGAUAUACUGGACCUCACCUUCACUGUCAAUGAGGAGGUUUUUGGACAGAUUACGGAGCGGGAGCUGAAGCCAGGUGGUGCUAAUAUCCCUGUAUCAGAGAAGAAUAAGAAGGAGUACAUUGAGCGGAUGGUGAAGUGGCGCAUUGAGAGAGGUGUGGUCCAGCAAACUGAGAGUUUGGUGCGCGGCUUUUUUGAGGUCGUUGAUGCUCGCCUGGUGUCUGUGUUUGAUGCGAGGGAGUUGGAGCUGGUGAUCGGAGGAACAGCAGAGAUAGACCUCGUGGACUGGAGGAACAACACCGAAUACAGAGGAGGUUACCAUGACAACCACAUUGUGAUUCGCUGGUUCUGGGCUGCCGUGGAGCGAUUCAACAAUGAACAGAGGCUAAGACUCCUUCAGUUUGUGACUGGGACGUCGAGUAUACCUUACGAGGGCUUUGCCUCGCUGAGAGGCAGUAAUGGACCACGUCGAUUCUGCGUUGAAAAGUGGGGAAAAAUCACCUCCCUGCCUAGGGCUCACACAUGUUUUAAUCGGCUGGACCUCCCUCCAUACCCCUCCUUCUCCAUGCUCUAUGAUAAGAUGUUGACUGCCGUGGAGGAGACUAGCACUUUUGGCUUGGAGUGACCUUUGACCCACAGCCUCUGGCCUCAGGCAGACAGCCAUGCCUUCAGCCUCCACUGAGGGAGCCAUAACUAGGGUUCUUAUAAUCUGUGUCUUGGGCUAUAAAAACAAUGUGUUUUCCCCACUCU